AUGAAUCCAUCUGAGAUGCUUAGUGUUCAGAGUGUGCCUACACGAGGGGGUCCAUGGAAGGACAUUUGCAGUUUACAAAUCUCGGAGCCACAGGUGAGGGAGAAGAUGAUUACCGGCUUGUCUAUGGAGCUGGAAAAUGGCAGAACAAUCCGGUUCUGGGAGGAUAGAUGGUUACCUAGUGGAGCGUUGAAGGAUGAGUUCCCAAGACUGUUCUCAGUUUCAAACCUUACUGGAUCUGUUAUAGGGGAUUGUGGGUUCUGGGAUGGGAUGGAGUGGGUUUGGACUUUUCAAUGGAGGAGAGAGUUAUUACAAUGGGAGUUGGAGCUUGUAAACCAACUUCAUGAGAGGAUACGGUGCUGCAAGCGGAAACUCUUCCGGAGGAAAUCCAGAGCUAUAGCUUCACUAGCACUAUUUGGAGAGGGUUCGUCCCACCAAGGAUUGAGUUAUUUGCUUGGUUUAUGUUGGUUGGCAGGGCGACGACUAAGGACCGCCUGUGUGUGGUGUGCUUGGCUAUUUGUUCUUGGAAGGGUUUGGACAGUGCCAGGUUCUCUAAAGCAACACUUUGAAAGUUGGACAAACGCUUCAGGGAGAAAGAUGGAUCGAAAGCGGUGGUUUAUUGGGUUCUUUGCAGUUAUUUGGGCAAUUUGGCAAGAAAGGAAUGCCAGAAUCUUCAAAGAUCAGGCAUCAGAUGUAGUGGACAUUAUAAGCAGGUCUUUUAGCCUCUCUGAUGAAUGGAUUGGGGAUGCACCUUGUAGUUGUUGA